CGGGUUGAAAAUCCUCCCUCUUCCAACUUCCCCCCCUCCCCCUCAACACGCAGUUUCCUCUCCCCCAAGCCUGCAUGGUCACCUUUUUCUCCCGGUGUUAUAAAACCUCCUUAUCCCCACCUCUCCUACUUUCCCCCUCAACGCGCGGUUUCCUCUCCCCCAAGACUGCGUGGUCACCUCUUUCUCCCGGUGUUAUAUAACCUAUCCCCACCUCUCCUACCUUCCCCCUCAACGCGCAGUUUCCUCUCCCCCAAGCCUGUGUGGUCGGCCUUCCGGCAGGCAGCGUAUGGGUUUGGGGUGCUGUCAGUGGGAGGGGGCGCCAGCAAGGGCGAGGCGGUGUGGAGGUGGAGGAGGAACAGCGAUGCAGCGGGGGUGGUGGCAGAUGAGGCGAGCAUCAUAUCGCAUGCCAGCAGCAAGGCUCCUGCGCAGUGCCGGGUGUGA